UUACAAAAUCAUGUCCGCAAAAAUACAUUAGUCACAAUUGUCGAGAUAGGAGAACCUAACCACAGACCUUUGAAGUUGAAACAGUAGUCUAAGGUGGAAUUUCUAACCACAAAUGAAAAGAAGUGUUCAAUACUCCAAAACUCAGUGCUCAUAUAUGCCCCACUCAUUCUUUGAAAAAUAGACUGAGCUUCUCUUUCUCUCUCUCAAUUUUCAUUCCUUGUCUGCAACAUCAUCAUUUUCUUCUCUGCUUAAUCCAGUAAUCCAGUUCAUCUUGAAAGGCUUAACGGUAUUAUUGUCUCCAAUUAUCAGUGUCAUUAGCACCUCUUUUAGUCUUUUGAUUGCCAGGAAUAUACAUGGGUGGUGAGGAGAAUCAGCUACACAUCUUCUUCUUCCCCUUCAUGGCGCAUGGCCACAUGAUACCAACCAUAGACAUGGCAAAGCUAUUUGCUUCUCGAGGAGUGAAAGCAACCAUUGUCACCACUCCUCUCAAUGCACCACUUGUUUCCAGAACAAUCCAGAGGUCAAAAGGUUUGGGUUUUGAUAUCAAUAUCAAAACCAUCAAGUUUCCUGCUGUUGAGGUUGGACUGCCAGAAGGAUGCGAAAACGCAGAUUCGAUCACUUCUCAUGAGACACAGGGAGAAAUGACCAAAAACUUUUUCAUGGCAACAGCCAUGCUCCAACAACCACUUGAGAAGCUACUACAAGAAUGCCACCCUGAUUGUCUUAUUGCUGACAUGUUCCUUCCUUGGACUACUGAUGCUGCAGCCAAAUUUGGGAUUCCAAGAUUAGUAUUUCAUGGCAUCAGUUGCUUUUCUUUGUGCACUUCAGAUUGCUUGAACAGAUAUAAGCCGUACAAGAAAGUUUCUUCAGAUUCUGAGCUGUUUGUUGUGCCUGAGCUUCCUGGUGACAUCAAGUUCACAAGCAAGCAACUGCCAGAUUAUAUGAAACAAAACGUGGAAACUGAUUUUACUAGGUUAAUUCAAAAGGUCAGAGAAUCAUCACUGAAGAGUUAUGGGAUUGUCGUCAAUAGUUUCUAUGAGCUCGAGUCGGAUUAUGCUAAUUUUUUGAAGGAGUUAGGGAGGAAGGCAUGGCACAUAGGCCCAGUUUCGCUAUGCAAUAGAGAAUUUGAAGAUAAAGCACAGAGAGGAAAGGAAGCUUCAAUUGACGAACAUGAGUGUUUGAAAUGGCUCGACUCAAAGAAGCCUAAUUCAGUUGUUUAUAUAUGCUUUGGAACUGUAGCCAAUUUCAGUGAUUCUCAGCUAAAGGAGAUUGCAAUAGCUCUUGAAGCUUCAGGGCAACAGUUUAUUUGGGUUGUCAGGAAAGACGAGAAAGCUAAAGAUAAAGAGGAAUGGUUGCCUGAGGGAUUUGAGAAAAGAAUGGAAAGCAAGGGACUGAUUAUAAGAGGAUGGGCGCCACAAGUAGUGAUUCUUGAUCACGAAGCUGUAGGGGGGUUUGUGACUCAUUGUGGGUGGAAUUCGACCAUGGAAGGCAUAGCUGCCGGGAAGCCAAUGGUAACAUGGCCAGUUUCCGCAGAACAAUUCUUUAAUGAGAAGCUGGUGACUGACGUGCUAAAAAUUGGUGUGGCUGUUGGUGUUCAACAAUGGGUUACAGUAUACGGGGAUAAAAUUACGAGUGGAGCGGUAGAAAAGGCCGUAACUCGAAUCAUGACAGGUGAAGAAGCAAAGGAAAUGAGAAGCAGAGUUGAGGCCCUUGGAGGAAUGGCAAAGAGGGCUAUCGAAGAAGAUGGUUCAUCUUACUCUAAUUUGAAUGCUCUAAUUGAAGAAUUAAGAGUCAGGCGACCCUGAAAACAAGCAAGCAGUAGGAAGAUUUCAGAUUUUUAAGCCAUGGCAGGGAACUUGAUUCUAUAGAAUGUUGUUUAGUGAGAGAGGACAGCGCGUGUUCCUGAUGAAUUAUUUUUUACAUGCUUUGAAUCCUUACCAUCUCCCUUAAUCUCUUUCUUUUAUGGUUGAUCGCCAGCUCUCAUUCAGUGCUUCUUGUAUGCAAACAAACUGCAUGCUUCAGUGAAAUUUGGUGCAGUGUGAAUAAGCCAAUCUCUGCUCACAAAGCUUGGUUAUAAAGCAAAGCAGAGGUUGAAGAAGCUUCCGAAUGCAAGACAGAAAAACAUAUCUUGAUAUAUUUUUAAAUAAAAAAAUACCUGCUUACUGCU